AUGGAGCAAGCGCAGAAGAGGAGCGCGGCUCAGCAGAAGGGCCACGCCUCUGGGAAAGGGGGUUUGGAGGCGUGCCCCGCCCCUGUGCGAGAGUCGGACGAACAGCGGGAGGUGGGGCCCUCGGGCGCAAGGCCGCCAACUCGGGAGGGGCCCAACCCUGCAAGUGUGGCCGUGCCGAAGCUGGAGGUGCAGGCCAAGCCCCCAGGACCAAAGCCACCAAAACGAAAUGCAUCAGCGCCAAAGCCAGCAGGGCCAAAGCCAGCAGGGAGGCCUGCAGCAGAACGAGCGGCGCCGCCUGCCGCGAAGGCAGAGGCUGCCGCGCUGGCGCCCGAGGACGAGGCACGGUCGGUGCCUGUGGCUGCGGCCAAGAAGGCCAGCGCUGCUGAGGCUGCUCCUGGUGCCAAGGGCCGUGCGCGUGCUCGCAAAAAGGGUGCUGGGGCGAAGGCGAAAGCCCGAGAGAAAUUUCAGCAGCAGCAGCAGCAGCGGAGGGCGAUCAGCGUGGGUAGCAGCAGCGCUUCAGGAGGCUGGGGCUGGGGGGGCGGCUUCAGCGGGGGUUGGUUUGGUGGAGCUCAGGCACAGAGCGCCAUCACAACGUCUUGA